AUGACGACGAACAAGAGCAAGUCUUCUUCUUCUUCUUCUGGAAAGAGCAGAAAGAGCGCAAGCGGGCAGCAGGCGGAGCCGAGCGGAUGCAGAUAUCUUGGCGUGAGGCGGCGGCCGUGGGGGCGGUACGCGGCGGAGAUAAGGGACCCUAACACCAAAGAACGCCACUGGCUCGGCACGUUCGAUACGGCUGAGGAGGCGGCGUUGGCCUACGAUCGAGCCGCGCGAUCCAUGCGGGGGAAAUCGAGAGCGAGGACUAAUUUUGUCUACUCUGACAUGCCUCCCGGCUCUUCCGUUACCUCUAUUAUCUCUCCCGAUGAGCCGCAAUAUGCGGUGUAUAAUAACGACUUCCCGCAUUUUCCGGGAGGUUUGUUUUCGGCUCCCGCGCAAAACGUGGAGCAGCAUUAUCAGUCCGGUAAUGGAAACCACACUGGCGCCGAUCAAUUCCUGCUCUUCGGCGCCGAUCAGAGCGGCGGCGGCGCCGAUCUGCUGGAUAUCGGCGGUAUAAACGGCGGCUGUGAGUUCUUUCAGGAUUACUAUUGUAACGGUAACGAUAACGGCGUGGAUGAGAGCAAUAAUGCCGCCGCCAUGGCGAUGGCGGCGGAGCUGCCUCCUCUGCCGCCGGAUAUCACCACCAGCUGCAGCGGCGGCUACUUCGGAAGCGGCUUCGGCGGCGAAGCUACAAGCAGCGGUGACAAUGCAGCAUACACCACCGUUAUGGACGGCGCAGUUUCGGCCUCCGCCGGAUGGGAUUAUUACGGAUACGGCGGCGGCGGCUCAACGGAGAUGGCGAUGCAACCGCAAGCUCCCGCCGAGCUACAGAUGAACUACGGUUCAUCGGAAUCCGAUGGUAUAAACAUGUUCACGACCAAUUCCUAUAGUUUCUCAACAUCGAACAACUAUGGCGGCUAUUGGCUCUAA